CUGGGGCGCCUCCCCCUACCGUAAUGACUCCCGCGGGCGCUGGAGCGCUUGUGCGCAGGCGCAAGAACGGUUUUCUCCCCGCCUCUGCCUCGGGCGCUCUCAUUCCUGGGGGGACGCCUGAGAUGGACUCCAGUGCCCUGUAAACACCUUCAAGAUGACGGACAUGCCCUGCUCCUCCCACUCGGGCCAUUCCGAGCGGCGUUCCUACUCCUCCUCCAGGUCCUCCCAGUGCAUCUCCGAUUUUAUCCAGCCUGUUAUCGUGGUUCAUGGAGGAGGAGCCGGCUCCAUCUCUAAGGAACGCUCGGAAAGGGUGCGACACGGUGUCACCAAAGCAGCCAUGGUGGGUUACAACAUCCUUAAGGACGGCGGGAGUGCCCUGGAUGCCGUCGAAGGGGCUGUCAUGGCCCUGGAGGACGACCCCGAAUUCAACGCAGGUCACGGCUCUGUCUUGAAUGAGGACAGUCAGGUCGAAAUGGACGCCAGUAUCAUGGAUGGGAGAAAUCUGGCAUCAGGAGCUGUGUCUUCAAUUAAGGGCAUCGCCAACCCCAUCCGAGUUGCCCGUCUUGUUAUGGAAAAGACAAAUCACUCAUUCCUGACCGAUCGAGGUGCGGCCUGUUUUGCGAAGAACAUGGGGGUCCCGGCAGUUCCUGGAGAAAAAUUGAUAACAGAACGAAACAUCAAACGUCUGAAAAAAGAAAAGGUUGAAAAAACUGCUUUCCUGACAGAUGUUGACAAAAACACUGGAACAGUGGGUGCUGUGGCCCUUGACAAAAACGGAAACGUCGCUUAUGCAACAUCAACUGGGGGGACCAUCAAUAAAAUGGUUGGUCGUGUGGGGGACUCACCUUGUGUAGGUUCUGGGGGCUACGCUGAUAAUGAGAUCGGGGCUGUCUCUACCACCGGGCAUGGAGAGAGCAUAAUAAAAGUGAAUCUCGCCAGACUGGUUAUCUUCCACAUGGAGCAAGGAAAGAAUCCACAAGAGGCUGCUGACGCUGCCUUGUGUUACAUGAAGACAAGGGUCAAAGGUUUAGGCGGCAUCAUUGUGGUUGAUAGAACAGGAGAGUGGGCCGCAAGGUGGACCUCAGUCUCCAUGCCCUGGGCCUCAGCAAAGGAAGACAAGCUUCAGUUUGGAAUUGUCCCUGGGAUGGUGCACAUAUCUGACAUCGGCAAAAACAAAAACACUAACCCGUGUACCUGAGUGCCAGGUCUGGGUUAGGAAGAGAGGAUGAAUAAAGUGGGCUGGUCUCCAGCCUAGGCAACGGUAACAUUCAGGAGAAUCUUACCUUACUCUAUUAGAUUUGUAUCUGGAGAAAUCAUGCACCCUGUCACACUUGAUUUGUUUCCUUGAUCAAAACAUAUUCUAAAAAUGUCUAUUUUGGCCCACUAUGAAAUAAAGGUCAAAACAAGACUUGCCUCAAGA